GCACAAUGCCACUUCGGAGCAAAUUGCACGCGCGCACGCAUGCAUGCGACAUCGCCAAAAAGCCGUUGCUUGUUGCUUGCUUGCUUCUUGUGAGUGCAAACGCCACACACAAUCACACAACAAGCAACCAGCCAUCCAUUGCCCAUGCCAUUUACCAACCACACCGCCAACAAGGACGACUGCCCCAAACAUCAGCACCAACACAUUAUCAUCAUCAGCACCCACUCGAAGUCAACAGGAAGAAGACACACGUACACACAAACACAUUCACACGCCGCACUGCAUCAAACACAAUAAUGACAAUGUCAUCGGCACGGCUACUGGCGUGCCUGCUUGUGGCUAGCCUGGCUGUCGCAGGCGUGCACAGCAGUGAAGAAGCAGCACACUCCGCAGAGGUCAUCUUCCACUACUGCGCCGACAAUUGCCCCUCCAUGAACGAAACCCACCUGGCCGAUGUCGAUCUGCAGGCCAUCAUUAACACCAUCCAUGCAGUGGCCGAAGAUCGCCAGGAUUACGUCCUUGGCAUCACCGACGGCGACCACCACGACGACCACGACCAUGACGAAGAAGACAUGCCAGAAGCGUUUGCGCCGGCCUGUUGGAAUGGGACUGACAUCGUGAACGUGCUCGGCGUGGCACGCGUGACCACCGACGCCAUCGACAGGGCAUCUGCGUACAUGCUAUUGGCGUCCAUCAACAGCACGACAAACUGCUCCUCCUCUCUCACGGAUACCUUCCUCUCCUACGCGCCCCCGGAAUCGGGCACGAUCGAUGAACAAAUCCGUUCAGCCACAACGUCCAUCUACUCGCUGCUUGGGCUCGAGCCCUCCAAGCACAUCUCCAAGGAAAGUGACGGGCAUGCACAUGACCAUGCAGAGGAGGAAGAGGGUGAUGUCCACGAUCACGUGGAUGAUGGUCACGAUGACCAUGAGGGCGAAGACAACCACGAAGAUGAUCAUGAAGACGAAGGCACCCACGAGGAGCACAUGGAGGCCGAGUGCGUGCCUGUGGACGAGCUUGUGAUGAACGCAACCGCAGCCACAUCGACACUGCAGGAGCGGGUGGCCUUCAUCUCCACACACAUUGUCGCCAUGGCGCUGGGUGACCACUGCUUCCUCCCCAAGCGCCACAACCACACGGCGUUUGUCGAAGCCGUGUUUGCCACAUUUGCCGGCACGGACGGUCUGAUGGACGCCGAUGAGAUGCUCGUCCUCUACACGGACCUUGGUCUCACAGGCUCAGCGUCUGCAGAUUCGCACGACGGUCACGCCCACGCUCGCCGUCGCCGCGCCACAAAAACCACCUCUUCCGUGCCGUGCCUGCAGCCGUCUGAGCUGGCAGCGGUGUUUGGCUACAACCUCCCCGUCACAGAGGACGAGUUUGCCACGCUCGCAGUCGCAGUCGUGGCGAUGGUUGAUGGCGAGCACGUGCUGAUUUUCAUGAUGUCGAUGGCGGUUGCGUCGCUGUUCAGCGAUGCCAUUCUUCAUCUCAUCCCCCACUCCUUUGGACUCCACGCGCACGAAGAAACAGGCGCGCAUGCACACGAGGAGGAGGGUGACCCCUACGAAUUCAUCUGGAAGGGCUGCCUUGUGCUGGUUGGCUUCUACGUGUUCUUCAUGCUUGAGGUGGCCAUUGCCAAGCUGAUUGGCGGCAUUGCACACGAGCACCACCAGGGCCGCCACCACGAAGACUCCCCACACGGCUCCCCAGAGCCAUCGCAGCGCAUGUCUUCGAUUGGUGACGCGCUGACCGCUAGUGAGGAGACGAGCUUCAAUGACAAGUCCACCGAUGCCAUCCUGCCCAUGAACGGCCACAACCACAGCACGCAAGCCAGUGAGAAGCCACACAACACCAGUGGACACGAGGACCACCAUCAUCAUCACCACCACCACGGCACACAGAGGUCAACCGGCUGGCUCAUUCUCCUUGGCGAUGCCAUCCACAACUUUGUGGACGGGCUUGCGCUGGGCACUGCGUUCUCUGCCAGCACGACUGUGGGCAUCAGCACCACCAUUGCCAUUCUUCUGCAUGAAGUGCCACACGAAAUUGGCGACUUUGCGGUGCUGCUGGACUCUGGGUUCUCGGUGAAGCGAGCGCUGGUGUACAAUUUCUUCUCGCAGAUGACGGCGAUCCUGGGCGGCGUUAUCGGCACCGCCGCGUCGGCAACAGAGGAGGUGCAGCAGUGGAUCUUGGCGGCUGGCGCAGGCCUCUUCCUGUAUGUUGCGCUGUCCGACAUCACCCCACAUGUGCUCCACUACAUCAUCAGCGCAGCGUCCUUCAAGAAAGCGCUGCUGCUUGCCAACGGCGGGUUUGCUGUCGGCUUCCUCGUGAUCAUUCUCCUCGCCCGUUAUGAGGAAGACAUUACUUUGUAGUUUCUGCGUUUGCUCCCCUUUAGGUUCCAGUCUUUUUUUUUUUUCCCCUUGCCGUGAAGACGUGUGUGAGGGCGUGGGGGCACUUGAGGAGAGAGACAGACAGGGGUGAGAGUGUUGUUGUUGUGUACGUGAGUGUGGGUGGGUGUGUAAUGUAUCAGUAUCACGCACAACUGAUGUUUGUUGCAGUGUGCCACGCCUGUUGCUUGCUUGCCU